GGACAAAAUAAAUACGACGUCGGGAAGAAUGGGAUCACGUGCCAACCAUCAACAACAAGGACAAAACAAUUCCUCCUGGAGACCUCGGAUCUCGUCAGAAUUCGAAGACCCGAGUCUCGGAUUCUCCGAAAAGGAGGUUUCUUCCACCCGAGAAAAUUAAAAUUUCCUGUUUUAGAUUCGUUAUGGAGGACGCGGGAGUCUCGUGCUCGAAUCUCGGGUCCAUCGACGAGAAGGCAGCUCGCGAAUCGGUUCGCGUGAAGCGGAAGACUCUGCAGGCUGUGCUCGAGCAGUGCCAGAGAGCCCUCGAAUUGCUCGGCAAUGGCGACGGCGGCGUCGAUGUCGAUGGUGAUGCUGAUUGUCGGGACGAUGAUGGCGCGGAGCCGAGCCACCGAGACUUGGCAGCUCCCUGCCAAGAUCGAGAAGUUGAGGAGUUAUGCGAGCUUCUGAAAUCUAGAGUUGAAUGCCCAGAAUUCCUUGAAAAGCUUGAAAGCGCUCAGGCAUCAGUUCCUCAAAAUGAGGAAGGUAGCUCUUGGGAUAUGGUCAAUGAAAAUGACCUUUGGGACAGUGAAAAUGAAGAUUUGGAUGAAGAGGAUUAUGUUCUAGUGAGGGAAGAAGAUAUUGUAGAGGGUAUUGCAUGCUUCAUGGCUGCAUAUCUGUCCUCUCUCAAGCAGACAAAGGAAUUAACUCCCAAUCAACUCCAAGCAGCUCUUAGCAAGACAUUUUCUGUGAAAAAGAAGAAAGGAAAGCUCCGGAAGGCAUGGGAUGGGAGCAAAGUCAUCUAUAACGUAGCAUCCUGGGGGGCAACAGCCAUUGGGAUCUAUCAGAACCCAGUACUUCUGAGGGUUGCCUCAAAUGCUUUUUGGACAUCCUGUCAUGUUAUAUCAAAGCUUCUCUGAUCUGCAUGAUGGGCCUGAAGAGAAGCUUAAUUGGUUCAUUCCAUGCUUAUCCGGCAAAUGCAGUCUGAUGUUAUCCUUGUUGUUUUUACAUUAGUGCAUUAAUGAGGCAUCCCAGUUUGAUUCAUUUCCUUCUGACGUUACUUGAUCAUGUCUGGUUACAUUUUAAGUUCGGAUACCAAUGCAACGUAAAAAUCUCUCAUACUGAAUGCAAAAACAGUCUUAACCUCUCA